UGAUACUUGUCUCGGAGCUUCAAACCAUCGGGAAAUUUAGCUAAUGCUAAAGCAAGCAGAGGGCCGAUUCUCAGCUUCUAAACGUCGUUUCCUUAAAAUAAUUAAUAAUUAAUCUGUCUCUUUGAAUAUGGAGCCUAACGAUACAGGACGAGGAGGGUGGAGGUCCAAGCCUGUUCAGACUCAGAAAAAUAAAAUGAACUUGAACAUUCUCCGCCAAGAGAAGCUUAUCGCUCAAAAGAAAAAAGAGAUUGAGGCUAAAAUGGCAGAGCAAGCAAAAAACAUGCAAACUCCAAGCAAGCCCUUGACUUCAAGUUCACCUGUUCUCCAUGGAGCCUCCUCAUCAAACAAGUUUGCAAAUGAUGGAAGCUUCUUACAGCAGUUCAUGAAGAUGCAGAAUGAGAAAUCCAGCUCUGUUUCUGGUUCCACCGGUGAUGACAAAACUCCUUCAAAUUCAACUCCAGGGGGAAGCACGGCAAAUAAAAAGAGCAUUCUUGUUGGCAAGCGGCCUGGCCUUGGAAUCAGUAGUAUGCUAAAUCAGUUCAAGAACUACUCUCAGUCCAAGAAGAACCCUGUUCUCAGCCACAGGCCAAGUGUGUUUUGUUCUCCAGAUGAAGAUGAUGAGGAAGAUGAUGGUGACAUCGGAGUCUGGGAAAUGAAAGUCUCUUCCCCAGAGGAUUCAGACACCAGAAUGAUUGUGGACAAGAUGGCCUAUUUUGUUGCACAAGGUGGACCAGAGCUAGAGAGGCAGGCCAAAGAGGACUACAAAGACAACCCUGUCUUCUCAUUUUUGUACGACAAGAACAGCAAAGAUCAUCUCUACUACAGAAAGAAAGUUGCAGAAUUGAGAAGGGAUUUGCUAAAACCUGAGAAUGCAUCUAUUAAUGUCUCCCCCCCAGUGGAUGCAGAAACCCAGCAAGUGGCUGAGAAGCUGGCCAGGUUUGUGGCGGAGGGCGGCCCUGAGGUGGAAAACAUUGCUGCUGAACGCAACAGAGACAAUCCUGCUUUCAGUUUCUUAUAUGACCAACAAAGUCCAGCGUACUACUUUUACAAAGAGAAAUUGGAAGAAUUUCGCUCCGCUGCAUCCUCCAAGAGCUCUUUAUCAGCAGCAGUUGAAUCAGAGAGUUGGCAACAAGCUGCGCCGCCGUCACCGGGAAUCCCGACACAAACUCCACAGAUGAAAAACGCUACUGUGCCCCACAUUCAGGAGACUGAGACCCCUCCUGUCAAAAGGAAGAGAAAGAGUAGAUGGGGGUCUGAAGAUGACAAAGUCGAUUUGCCCAUUCCUCCCAUUGUUGUUCCUGAGGAGUUGAGUGUUGAAGACCCCAACACACCAUCUCUCUCCGCUCAGGAGUUGAGAGGUCUUGGCUAUAAGAAAGGGAAACCUGUUGGACUGGUCGGAGUCACAGAGCUGUCUGAGGACCAGAAGAGACAACUGAAAGAACAACAAGAGAUGCAGGAGAUGUAUGAAAUUAUCAUGAAGCACAAGCGUGCAAUAGCAGAAAUGCAGGUGAUGUGGGAGAAGGCCAUGAAAGAUCAUAAGCACGAGUAUGACAGUGAUGAAGAGGUGGACCAACAGGCCGGCACCUGGGAGCAUCGCCUUCGAAAGAUGGAAAUGGAAAAGACACGGGAGUGGGCAGAAUCUCUGACUGAAAUGGGUAAAGGGAAACAUUUUAUUGGGGACUUCCUCCCUCCAGAGGAGUUGGAAAAAUUCAUGGAGACAUUUAAAGCACUCAAGGAAGGCCGGGAUCCAGACUAUUCAGAGUACAAAGAAUUUAAAUUGACAGUGGAAAAUCUUGGCUUCCAAAUGCUUAUGAAGAUGGGCUGGAAGGAAGGUGAAGGCCUUGGCAGUGAAGGUCAAGGCAUCAAGGCUCCUGUCAAUAAGGGAACUACAGCUGUGGAUGGAGCAGGGUUGGGGGUUGACCGUCCAGCUGAGCUCGCAAAAAGUGAUGAUGAAUAUGAUGCUUUUCGAAAGAGGAUGAUGCUUGCUUACCGAUUCAGGCCAAACCCACUGAAUAAUCCCCGGAGGCCAUAUUACUGAUGUGAAAAUGAAAAUGGAAAGUGUUGCACAGAAGACUGGUUAAAAUAUCAAAUACAUGUGUGUGGAACAAUAUUGUGGCAAAAACUUCCUUACAUUCUCCUUUGAAUUUUAAAUAAAGUGGACAAAGUGGCUUAGAAACCU